AUGAGUACGGGGCGUUUUGGAAUCACUCAAUCUGGCUUAAUUGUAGACUCGCUUGAGAGUUUGAAGGAUAUUUCAUGUAUUUCUUAUAGACAAUUGGAUUUCUACAGCGAAGGACACACCCGGAACUUGAGGGACAUGCUGUUUGCAGAUAGACCGACAUCGGCGCCCCCGCAUCACGUGCCUUGGCGCGUCAAAAUAUCUCCGCUUCCUCCCCAUCUCCCCUCUCCCCACCGGGAUUCCGCCAUCGCCUCACCACCAACUCAUGCGCCCCAUCAUCGUUUUCCGCUGAGCGAGGGCUUCAUCAUCAUUAGUGCUGCGGUAACUAGGCAAUCAGACGACCCUUUCAAGAUGUCGUCGGGAAAGUCAUCUCGACCAUCAACAAAGAGCGUGCUCGGACCAGGUCAUAAUGAGAACAUCCACGACAUUUUCGACAUCGGGCAGCAGCUGGGCGCCGGGCAGUUCGGGACGACGUACGUGUGCACGGAGCGGGCGACGGGCGUGCACUGGGCGUGCAAGACAAUCCCUAAGUCCAAGCUACUCACGGAGGACGACGUCGAGGACGUGCGCCGCGAGGUCGCCAUCCUCUACCACGUGCAGGACCAACCCAACAUAGUGAACAUCCGCGGUGCGUACGAGGAUCGCGACUUCGUGCACAUCGUGAUGGAGCUCUGCACGGGAGGCGAGCUCUACGACACCAUCAUUGACCGCAUCGAGGCCAUGGGCGUGCCCUACACCGAGCACGAUGCAGCGGAGCUGGCAAGGGUGAUAGUGCGGGUGGUGGAGACGUGUCACUCGCUGGGCGUGGUGCAUCGCGACCUCAAGCCCGAGAACUUCCUCCUCUCCUCCUCUGACCCCGACGCCGAGCUCAAGGCAACCGACUUUGGCCUCUCCGCCUUCUACAAAGGCGAGGGGCUGAGUCGCCACUGCGGCAGUCCCAUGUACAUGGCGCCAGAGGUGGUGAGAUGGAGGCCAGGCGCUCUGGGGGCGGGGCGCAAGCCGCCCAAGUACGGCCCUGAGGUGGACAUCUGGAGCGCGGGGGUCAUCAUCUACGCUCUGCUCUCAGGGUUCCCUCCCUUCUACCACAGCAGCCACUCGUCCAAGGAGAUAUUCAAGGCGGUGCUCAAGGGCAACCCAUCGUUCACAGUGCCGCCGUGGCCGGAGAUCUCGGACCAGGCCAAGCACCUCGUGUCGUGGAUGCUGCAGUCCGACCCCGCCAUGCGCCCCACCGCGCAUGAAGUGCUCUGCCAUCCGUGGCUGGGCGAGCCUGGCAUUGCCACGCAGGAGCCUCUGCCACCCGUGGUGCUGUCCAGACUGAAGCAGUUCACGUCCAUGGUCAAGCUCAAGCGGGUCGCCAUGAAGGUGAUAGCGGAGGGGUUGAAGGAGGAGGAGAUAGCGGGGCUGAAGGAGAUGUUUGAGAUGAUGGACACGGAUGGCAGCGGCACCAUCACUCUGGACGAGCUGCGCGUGGGACUCAAGAAGGUUGGCGGGAACCUCACAGACGAGGAGAUCGAGAAGAUCAUGGAGGAGACGGACAUUGACCACAGUGGAGAGAUUGAGUACGGGGAGUUCUUGGCAGCAACGCUGCAUCUGAGCAAGAUAGACAAGCAGGAGAACCUGCUCAAGGCGUUUGAGUACUUUGACGCCGACGGCAGCGGCACCAUCACGCUGGACGAGCUGCAGAAGGCGUGUGAGGAGCUCAGGCUCAGCAAGGACGAGAUCAUGGCGAUGAUGGAGGAGAUCGAUGAGAACAACGAUGGAACCAUUGACUACAAUGAGUUUGUGCAAAUGAUGCGCAAGACACAAACAGGAGGAAUGAGCCGGCGCGACAUCAUGGACGGCAACAUGGGUGUCACAGAUUCUGAGCUCUCAAGCAACACAUUUCAGCAGCAGCAGCGCGUGCCGCUGCGCGCGAUGGUGCACGAAUGCAUGCAGCGGUGGUUCCGGCAGACGCAAUCCGAGGCAGAGAGCGGCGUGGCUCCCAUGCAGACGCUGCUGGCGCAGAUGUACCUCUCGGGGUAUGGCGUCAAGGCGGACGCAGCUAAGGGGAAGGAGUGGCUGAAAAAGGCAGCAGAGAGGGACGGACAGGCUAGAAUAAUGCUGCGAUCAAUAAACGCCAAGUCAAGCAACACUGCUGUCUUUGAUGACGACUUCUAA